AUGGCAGCUCCGUCAGGUCAAACCACACAGCGGCUCUUGCGAGAGCUGAAGGAUUACACCAAGUCGCCGAAUGAGUCGCUGUUGCACCUGGGCCCGGUUGAUGAGGAAGACCUCUUGCGGUGGGAAGCAGUUCUCAAGGGCGUGAAUGGCUCCCCUUACGAAGGCGGCCUCUGGCAUCUCCGCAUCGCGAUUCCUCCAAACUACCCCCUCGCCCCGCCAACAAUCCACUUCACAACUCGCAUUUCGCACCCGAACAUCUCCUUCACGACUGGCGAGAUUUGCCUCACUCUCCUGACGACCGAGCACUGGAGUCCCGUCUACACGCUCUCGUCCACCCUCACCGCUAUCCAACAACUCUUGACAGACCCGCAACCUGACUCCCCGCUCAACGUCGAUGUGGCUGCCCUCCUGCGCGAUGGUGAUAUCGCUGCGUGGGAAAGCGUGGUGCGAUAUUGGACCGACGAGGAGCGAUGGAAUGGAGCUGGAAACCUCGGUCGGUGA